CUUUUUGAGAACCUCCGUUUUCUUCCCCUCCAGCGAGAGAGAGAGCAGAAGUGGGGAAGACUCGGUCGACUUGGCGAUGCAUCCACCAUCGAUGCAGCUCGUUCCUUACUCCUCCAACGCUAACCCCAAUCCGAACGUGCCCUGGUCCGAGAUGUUCCGCUCCGCUUCCCUCCGCCGCCCCCCGGAUUCCCUCCCCCCCUCCCGCCCCCCUUCGCCUCCGCCCCCUCGCGACCGCCCCCAUCCUGCAUCCGAGGAGCCUCCGCCUCCGCCCUCCUCCGCUCCUCCGGUCACCGCCGCCGCCUCCGAGCCCCACGCCGCCGCCCGCCUCGCCCUCUACAUCGCCAUGGCUCACGCCGGUCUCGCCCUCUCCCUUCUCCUCAUCUACGGCCUCUAUCGCCUCCUCCACGAUUUCGUCCGCCCCCUCCAGUGGGCGCUCCUCUGCUCCAUCCCCCUCCGCGAGCUCCAGCGCGCCGUGGUCGCCUUCUGGUCCCCGCCCCUCCGCCUCGGCCUCGUCCCUGCCCUCCUCGCCGUCCCCGCUGCCCUACUCCGCGCCUCUGCCGACACCCUCUCCGACCUUCGCGCGGCCCUCCUCCGCCGCAAGCUCCGUCCCUCUUCCAAAGACGGCUUUUCCAUCCUUACACGUUGGCUCCUCUCCUUCUGGGUCUUCGUCAUCUCCUACGAGCAGCUCGGCCCUCUCGCCACCGUUGCCCUUUUCGCUUUCGGUCUUCUCCUCGCCAGCCCCACCGCCACCUCCGCCGUGAAAAAUGCCAUCUUUGUUGCCGGCUGGUCCAAGUCCUCAUCAUCCUCCGACAGGGGCAGCGGUGGGUUCUUCACUACUGGCAUCCUGAAGCACCUGAACACCAUCGUGGCGGUCGGCUUAAUUGUGUCGAUGAUCGUUGGGGUCUUGGCCGGCGGCAUGUUCUUCUCCUACAAGAUCGGAGUGGAAGGGAAGGAUGCGGUGAUAUCGCUGAAAUCCCACGUCCAGAAUAGUAACUACACCGAGAGGAUUGGAUUCAAUAAGUGGAUGGAGGACAACGAUAUACCUGGGCUGGUGGAUCAGUACUCGGCCAAGUUCUACGACACAAUCUGGCAGCAGGUCGAUAGCUUGGCUGUUCGAUAUAAUUUGACUGAUUUCAGUGAUGGUCUCCGACAUUUCUUGAUUAGCCGAUCAGGGAAUCCUUCGGCAGGCACUUCGACCGCUUUGAUAGCCUCACCACCGCACCCUUACAUCGUAAAGCUGCAAUCUUUGAGCGUUCAUGUUAAGAACCGCGAAUGGGCAGAGAUCUUCAAGGAUCUGGAUUUAUUUUCCAGGGAAUUACUGAUCACCAGAGCGGAUCUGGUAGUGAAAGCAAAAGGGCUUGCUUUCCAAGGGAUCGAGAUCUCGAAGCGGGUUCUUUCUAGCAGCACUUCAGUGCUCGGUGGGAGUGCCAGUUUGAUGGUCUCCGUUGCCAUAAAGGUGGCCUCAGGUGCAGCCGGAGUGGUGAAUUUUGUUUCACAGUUGAUGGUUUUCCUCUGGGUGUUGUAUUAUCUCAUCACUUUGGAGUCGGGCGGGGUGACAGAGCAGGUGGUGGAUAUGCUACCCAUGUCAAAACAUGCAAGGGCCCAUUGUGUCGAGGUUAUCAACCGUGCGAUCAGUAGUGUGUUGCUGGCCACAGUGAAGAUUGCUAUCUUCCAAGGUUGUCUGACAUGGUUGUUGUUCAGGUUUUGUGCAGUUCAUUUUUUGUAUACAUCAACUCUCCUUGUGUUUAUUAGUUCAUUGGUGCCUAUAUUACCGAUGUGGCUUUCAUCAAUACCUGCGGCAGUGCAGUUGUCCAUGGAAGGAAGAUAUGUCUGGGCAGUAGUGUUGACAAUGAUGCACCUUAUGCUGAUGGAUUAUGGCACUUCAGUGAUUCAGGAGGAUAUACCUGGGCAUAAUGCAUAUCUCACUGGCCUUAGUAUCAUUGGGGGAAUGACCCUGUUCCCUAAUGCUCUAGAGGGAGCCAUUAUCGGUCCGCUAUUAAUGACUGUCGUCAUUGCUUUGAAGAACUUGUAUGCAGAAUUUGUUCUAGCUGAUAAAGAGGAAAAUGGUGAACCUGUGGUUACUGACAAAGGGGAGUGUAUCAGUUAGAUUUUUAUGACUGCAUUCCUUAAGUUCUCUUGAUACAAGUAAUAUCAUGACACAGGUGACAUUGUCUAAGAAGCCCAUCUGUUUCUCUAGUCAUUGUACUUGUAUGGUAUAUUUAUCUUUGUUGGUUGUUUUCAUCUCUUAAGGGGUUAGCUAUUCAUUAGGUUGGUGGAUUUUGUAUGUAUCAGUCAUUUCUCAUUGUUUGAUUGAUGAGAAAUUUGUACAUUUUUUGUAUUAGAAUCUUGCAUGAGCAAUAAUGUAAUCUCAUUCGAGUGCAAUAAAGGUUUGCAAUUCUUGGA